AUGCCUCCCACCAAAAACGACUACCUAAUCCGCACCCCGGUGCACCGCACCCUCACCCAGGCCGAAGCACAACGCCUCCGCCGCGACACCCGCGCCGCGCACCUGGCCUACGCGCGGCCGCUGAUCGACGCCGGGGUGUUGGUGUGGGGCGGUCCGUCGCUGGCCCGGCAUCUUGCGGAUGGUGAGGAGGAAGAGGUGACGGGCAGUGUGAUGUGCGUUCGAACGGAGAGCGCGGAGGAGGUGAGGCGGUUGGUUGCGGGGGAUCCGUUUGCCGAGUGUGGGUUGUGGGAUGUAGGUGGUGCCGUGGUGGUGGCGAUGAGGUGUGUUGUUGGUGGUGGUUGUGGUUGUGGUUAGGGGUUGGAUGUUAU